CAUGGAAAAGCUGCUGCUGUCCCGGCUUCUGUUCCUGCUCCUCAUCCAGCACCAGCUCGUCCAGGAGACCCACUCAAAAUUGAAUCCCCAACUGGACGAACUGAGGCGACUGGGAUUGGGAAACGUCGUCAAUGUGCCAUUCUUCAGCGAUGUACCCCAAAAAAACUAUGAUUUCAUAGUGGUUGGAUCUGGAGCUGCUGGCUGCACACUGGCCGCCCGUCUCUCGGAGAAUCCCAACUGGAGUGUGUUCCUCAUCGAAGCUGGCGGAGUUGAGAACAUAGUUCACCAGGUGCCCCUGCUGGCGGCCUAUCUGCAGUCCACUGCCUCCAAUUGGGGCUACAAAUCGCAGUCACAACGACACGCCUGUCGAGGAAUGCCGGAUAACAGGUGUGCCCUGCCGAGGGGAAAGGUUCUGGGAGGAACCAGCUCCAUCAACUAUAUGAUCUACAACCGGGGCAAUCGCAGAGACUUUGAUGGCUGGGCGGCAGCCGGAAAUCCCGGCUGGAGUUACGAGGAGGUACUGCCCUAUUUCCUGCGGAGUGAGCAUGCGCAACUGCAGGGCCUGGAGCACUCGCCCUAUCACAAUCACAGUGGUCCCCUCAGUGUGGAGGAUGUGCGUCAUCGCACACGACUGGCUCAUGCAUACAUAAGAGCUGCCCAGGAGGCGGGUCAUUCGAGGACGGAUUAUAAUGGUGAAUCCCAACUGGGGGUGUCCUAUGUCCAGGCCACCACGCAAAAGGGUCGAAGACACAGCGCUUUUCGGGCCUACAUAGAACCCAUAAGAUCUAGACGUCGUAAUCUGCACAUUUUGACCCUGGCAAGGGUUACCCGUAUUCUCAUAGAUGCGGCUACUAAGUCCGCCUACGGCGUGGAGUUAACCCAUCAGGGUAGAAGCUUCAAGGUGAAGGCCCGCAAGGAGGUGAUCCUAUCUGCGGGUGCCUUCAACUCCCCCCAACUACUGAUGCUCUCGGGGAUCGGGCCAGAGGACAAUCUCAAGGCCAUUGGUGUUCCCAUUGUGAAAGCCCUGCCGGUGGGCAAGAAGAUGUACGAUCACAUGUGCCACUUUGGACCCACCUUUGUGACCAACACCACUGGUCAAAGUCUAUUCUCCGCCAAUUUGGGUGCACCAGUGGUCAAGGAGUUCCUGCUGGGCCGGGCAGACACAUUCCUGUCCAGCAUUGGGGGUGUGGAGACCCUCACCUUCAUCAAAGUGCCCUCGGCCAAGAGCCCGGCCAGCCAGCCCGAUGUGGAGCUCAUCCAAGUGGCCGGCAGCCUGGCCAGCGAUGAUGGCAGUGCCCUGAGCAAGGGAGCCAACUUCAAGCCGGAGAUCUACGAGAAGAUGUACAAGGAUCUGGCGCUACGGAAGCAGGAUCACUUCAGCUUCCUCAUCAUGCACUUCAAUCCCGCCUCCGUGGGUCGCCUGUGGCUGCACAAUCGCAAUCCACUCGAGUGGCCACGCAUUGAUCCCAAGUACUUUUCGGCACCAGGGGAUGUGGAGAACCUACUGGAGGGCAUAAGGGAGGCCAUUAGGAUCUCCAAGAUGCCGGCUAUGCAGGCAAUUGGAACAAGGCUCCUGGACAAGCCAGUGCCGGGGUGUGAGAGUCUCGAGUUCGCCUCCGAUGAUUACUGGAGAUGCUCUAUAAGAACGUUAUCCUAUACACUGCACCACCAGGUGGCCACCUGUCGCAUGGGACCCGAAAGCGAUCCCACCACCGUGGUCAAUCAUCAGCUGAAGGUACAUGGGAUGAGGAGACUCCGGGUGGUGGACACCAGUGUGAUCCCAGUCCCACCCACCGCCCACACAAAUGCGGCUGCGUUUAUGAUUGGGGAAAAGGCGGCGGACUUGAUACGAUCCGAAUGGAGCUGAUUAACUCUGGAUGAAGAUCUUUUAAAGAGGCAAACGCGAUUUAUGUAAAGGGGUUAAUAAAAUGCGAGACGAAAGUUGAAAGAAAGCAAACAGGUACACUUGAAAUAUGUAAAGGUUACAAAAACAUUCGGAUUUUUUUUUUAUAUUUUAAAUGGUUUAAUUUAUAAGGUGUUUGGGUAAUAUUAAAAGUAAAGCAUUUAGAG